AUGAUCCUUUCCGAAACGAAUCACUGGGCGUCCCUGGUAGAUCACAUUCGAAUAGCAACUCUUGGCAAUGUGCAAAUCCGUGAGCCUCCAAGUUGCUGGGUCAAGUGGCUCCAACAAACGACACACGUCAUGGCAUUUUCGGAUAUCGCCAGUCCCGGGUCAAUUAUUCGCGUACUUCACCAUGGAUGUCCGUCAACUGGUCUUUGGGAUCUUGAUCGGGGUCUCCGCUGCUUUCGCAUCCACCAUACGGACGUUACGAGCGCGAUAACGAGGGGUGUCCUAGUCACCCCGCCUCCGCAAUGGGCGGCCGGUCCGGCUCCGAGAUGUUUCGAUAUCGUCCCAACGUCAGGAAUGACUUUGAGGCGAAACACUAAUUUCGUCGCAACACGUUGCGGUUCAUGCAAGCAGCAAAGGAGAAAAAAGAAUCAGACCGAAGUCUGCCGGCCUUGCGACGGCAGUAGAGUUUCACGGUCAACGACGCACGACCAAGGACAUGUUUGGGCCAAGAGAAAAUGCACUUUGGUACUGUCAUUAUUACUGUUAAAAAUAUAUGGAAAAAUGAGAAGCUGA